CACAGGGCCCAUAUUUUUAUCUGAAAGUAGAAAGGCAGGAGCUUUUUAGCAGAGGCGAGCAGGAAGCUCGCCUUUGAGAUGGACUUCCAGACCCCCAACAAGGAAGAUGCCCCCACAUGGAUCGCCGACCCCGGAGAAACCACCGCCGGCGGCCAAGCCGCAGCCUUUUCCUCCUCUUCCUCUAUUCGAAAUCGGCUAAUAAUGCCGAAACCAGAGUCCCUAGACACCAUUGCUCCCCUUCCGAUCAUCCCCCACCCUCUUCGCCGGACCAAAGACCGGCACACCAAGGUGGAAGGCAGGGGAAGGAGGAUCCGGAUUCCGGCUACCUGCGCCGCCAGGAUCUUCCAGCUCACCCGUGAACUCGGCCACAAAUCCGACGGAGAUACCAUCCGGUGGCUCUUACAGCACGCUGAGCCGGCCAUCAUCGCCGCUACGGGUACAGGAACCGUUCCGGCAAUCGCAACCAAUGUCAACGGAACUCUCAAAAUCCCCACGCAAGCAUCCAACCCGGCCCCAUCCGUAACUUCCGCAGCCGACGUUACUAAAAGGAGAAGAAAGCUUCAGCCCACCCGUGCAGUUGCGGGAGGAGGAGUUAUCGGUUACUUCCAGGGGGCCGACCUGGUUAUCCCUUCAGGUGGGGCGAUAUCGAUUUCAGCGGGGCUGGCCCCCGUAGCAGCGUCUAGGGUGGUGCCGAUGUGGACGACGGUGAGCGGCGCCGCCGCAAUUUCACCGGCGGCGGGCUGGGAGAUGUUUCCUUCUUCGGCGGCGACUUCGAGCCAGGGGCAUAUAUUGACUUUUCCAAUUGGGUUAUCCGCCACCGGAGUGAAUUUCGCAGCAGCGAGGCCUGUUUUAGCCGCCGCCGGUGCGGCGAUUUCGGAAGCGGUGGGGGGGAAGGAGGAGCUGGAGUUGAUGAAGGAAUCGGUGGAUGCGGACGAGUUCGAGGAGCAGAGGGGAAAGGUGAAACCUUUGUCUGAGACGGACUGAGAGAAAUUAAGUUUUUUAGUUUUUUUUUGGAUUCAGAAGUAUCUCAAAAUGUUGUUACUUGUAACCUUAAUCCUUCGUUAUGUCUGUUUUAAUCGUUGAUGCUAAUUUGAGUUAGAGUAAUUAAUU